GACCCCAAACCAAAACUAUAGUCCUCACGAGAAAUCGCAAGGGAAACAAAAAAAUCCCCAAACUGUGACCGGAAUUAGGGUUUUCACGAUGUCGUCCGGGAAGCCAAAGCAAGGUGGUGACACACGAUUGGUGGUUGCUGCCACUACGGCGUCGGCAUUGAUGGAAGCGAAGAAGGCUGAUCAUGGAGGAUCUUCGUCUAUCGUUGAGUAUAAACCGCCGGUGAUGCUUGAAGAUGAAGAAGAUCUAGAAGUAAAGCUCCGACGAAUCCUUGAGAACGUUCCUGUUCGUGUUAGCAAUACUUCUGGAAGUUCUGCUGGUUCUGGUUCGGGCGAUUUCCAUCAGUACCGGCAAAUGAGGCGAAGAGAACAAGACCGACUGACAAGGAUGGAUAUUGACUACAACAAGCGGUUACAAAUGGCAGAGUUUACUAUAAGAAGAGAAGAGAAACUAAAAGCUGCAGAGGAGAAGACAUCAAAAAAGCGUUUGAAACGCCAAAAGAAGAAGCAGAAAAAACAGGAGAAGAAGAGAAAACCAAACACUACUGAGGAACAAGAAAAGCAACCUAAAGAAGGACAAAUAUCAUCUGACGAGGACUGUGAAGAUGAAGAAGAGUCUGUGCUAGAACCUUUACGUCCGAUGUUUAAUAUCAAGUUCCAAGAGAACCGUGCAUAGCUUUUCUUGUGACAUGUAAACACGAUCCCAAAACUAUAUUCGCAAGAUUCGUUUCUUUCUUUCCUUUUGUUUUCGACAAUGUAUGGGGAAAAAGAAAUGGAGCAAGGUUUAAUCGGUUUGUGUAUGUA